ACAGAGAUUAAUUACAACUGGGACUCUUUACCUAUCUUUUUUUGAUAACACAGCUCAUAACAUUUGGAACUUCUUAUUGAAAACUGGAUUGAAAAUAAAUACCAAAAGAACAAGCUGAUCUUCAAAGAGAUUUAGUGAACAAUUACAAAAAAAGCAUUGAUCAAAUAUGUGAUUUAUUUUGUUUCUUUGGAAAUAUUUCCCCAAACGAUGGGAUACGACGCAGAAAUGUUUGUGACUCUAGCAAUAUGGGGCUCUUUCAGAUCCACUGUUGUACAUUGCUGUUCUUUAUGAAGUUUAGUAUAUCUUUUUAUACUGACAGCUCUCCAGCCAGUUGCUGUCAUCAUAGAUACUUCAGGACAGCUGCCUAUGAAAGUCCUGGAUUAUCACUCUUAUGAAACAGGACAAGAAAGAGAACGGACCUGGCUUCUAGCACAGGCUCUUUUCCCAAUGCGUUGCAGGUGAGCUGCUCUAUUGAAAAGCACAUGUGCUCUGAUAUCUUUACGUUCACAGAAAAUUCUCCACAAACAAUAAUGGGAAAACUUUCAAGUUUCAUGGAAGAAGAUAAGUGAGAGAGGAGCUGAAAAUAACUGGGAGAUUUGAAUGGAUUGGAAUGGGUACACCUGAUAUCAGACACCACCUCCCCAAAUUCUUUGACCGUUUCCUCUUUAAGACGGUGCUCCUACUUAUGUUUUGUGAGCAAGCGGAUGCCCAGUGUAAAAUUAUCAAAUGCAAUACAGAAUAUCUGUCUGCCACCUCAGAUCUAAGGGGUCCCAACAAGAAUGUAGUGUGCUGCAAUGCACUGCGAGCCUACUCACACUGCACCCGUAAAACCGCCCGCACUUGUCGUGGAGACCUGGUCUACCAUUCAGCUGUACACAUCAUUGAAGAUCUCAUGAUCCAGCACAACUGCUCCAAGGAAGGGCCUACAGACUCUCCUAGGCCACAACCCCCACAGCCACUUCCUGAGGGGACCAAGAAGCAAGAGGCCUGCAAUUAUGAGAAGGUCUUCAAUGAGAAACACAAGAAAGAUCCCAAGUAUCUACACUGUGGGACCUUUGGCGACCCACAUUUACGGACUUUCAGUGGCGACUUCCAGACUUGUCAGGUGAAAGGCUCAUGGCCUCUGUUGGAUAAUGACUACCUGUUUGUCCAGGCAACAAGUUCCCCUCUCUCACCACUGUCUAAUGCAACAGUUAUUAACAAGAUUACCAUUAUCUUCAAAAACAUGAAACAGUGCAUUGAACAGAAAGUCUACCAAGCAGAGGUUGGCAAUUUGCCGGCAGCAUUUGAUGAUGGAUCAGUGAAUGGGGAUAGGAGAAUUGGUGGCAGAAGUCUAACCAUACAUGAGAGGGAGGCUGGGAGCUACAUAGAGAUUGUGGCUUCUUAUAUUGGCACCACAAUUCGGGUGCGCCAGCUGGCAAGGCAGCUGUCUUUCUCCCUGCGCAUGGCAGAGGACAUUUCACAAGCUUUCAGUGAAGAGCAGGAUUUGCAGCUCUGUGUUGGGGGUUGCCCUGCCAGCCAGUGGAUAUCUAGGACUAGGCAGCACGCUCUGUCAACCCCAAUCAGCACUGAAACAGCCAAGUCUCUGUGCAGAGAGAAGUUACCCAUAGAGGAUGUUUAUUUUCAGUCUUGUGUAUUUGACUUGAUUAUAUCAGGAGAUGCCAACUUCACCAGCUCAGCCUACUUUGCCUUGGAAGAUGCUAAAGAUUUUCACCCAGAACCUGAAACACUACACAUCUUUAGCCAAACAGUGACACACCACCAUGCCUGUGUUAUAUCACUACUGCUGCUAUGUUUUACUGCUAUCAUAUGGAAUCUGUAGACAUUAAUCUGUGUUCCGUUGUGAUGCCAUGUUAACAAAAAGGGACGAAAAUCAGCUUUUAAUGCUUGGCAUCAAUGUGGCAGUACCACUAAGACUUCCAGAGACCAGUCUCUUAAAAAUCUAAAAAUGGUGCACCAUUCUUCAACCAAUGCAAAUCUUUUGGAUUUAGUCUUCCACUAAGGAAUACUUAAAAAAAAAAAAUCAAAAAUGCAAAAAUACAUUAAACCCCAACAGCACAAGCAACUAUAUAAAAUAGUUUUGCUUUGCCCCAAAUAUAGUCAACAGAACAAAAGAAAAGAAGACCUUACAUACAGGCAUUUAAUAUCUUUCCCAUCACCCCCAUGGUGCUAUCUCCCCAUCAAUAAAAAUUGUCAGUGCAGGCACUUUUGUCAUUGCACAUAAACAUAGUAAAAUUCCUUAAACUGAGUAGGGAAAUAAAGUUACUGUGUCUGCACAUGCCAGAUGCACAGUCCCUUGUAAGUCCUGGGACAAGCAUCAAAAAUGGAUGCUUAAAGUCCCUUUCCAAUAUGAUGGGACUACUGAGGAAAUUUUGAGGUAAAAUAUCUUCAUUUUUUUACAUAGAGAUGUUAAUGUGACAUUUUCUAGUCAGCUUUUACAUAUGUACUGAAUCACCUUCAAUUGAUUAAGCAUUUUUAGUAACAACUCCCUUUAAAAUGAAUGGUGACACUGUAAAUUGAUUGACAAUACCUAGAAUCCAUAGAGAGGGUUACAGUGCACUAACUCCUAUUUAAAAAAUGUAUGGAAUUCUAAAUAAAGCAACUUUCAUUAAAAUCAGAAAAUCAAUAAACUAUGUCAGAGGAAAAAUAAUCUCCUUAAAUCUGCAAAUAUGUUGUUGGUAAGAAGAAGAACAUCAAAAUCUCUCACAAAUGUUUUUGUUUGUCCAAUAAGGAGCUGGAGGUAGCAAAUGGAUAGAGGAGCAAGAAGCUGUGUCCCACACAUGCAUUCCCAUAGCAACAUUAUCUGUUUUCCUUACUUUUACAAAAAAGAAAAAUAUUUUUGCAUAGUUCUUUUAAAAAAAAAAAACCUUGUGCUUUCAUAGUAACUAGGAACCACGUGUUCCUUGGUGUACCUGAAAUACAAAGCAAUACAAUACAAACAAUGGCCACAUGAUGGCAGUACAGCUUUUGUAAAAAGCUAUCUAUUAUUCUAAAAAGGCCAGUAGACCCAUGAGAUAAAACCUUGUUUUUAGUUAAAAUAUUUGGUGUACCAGUGCAUUUUAUUUAUUUUUUUACCUAAAACUAAAAUGAUUUACAUUAUAGAAACACUCUCUUAGCACAUUGCUCGCAUAUGGACAAACCUCAUUGCAAAACAAUACAUUGCAGCCUUUUCAGGAAAAUAAAAGGUUAAAUUAAAGCACAGCUCUUAGAAGUAAUGAACGUUUGUGUUUAAGAAAUAAAAUAUGUUAACAUCCAAAAGGGCCAUGACUAUAGCAGCUGAUGGGGAAUGGUGCAAAUCAUAUCUGCUGCCAAGCAGCCUGUAAAAAUAGUCAAAUUGAAUUUAUUUUCAAUUAAAAAACUAUUGGGGAGAAUGGCAGUAUCUGUUAUGUGAUUGGAUAAUGUGAUAUGGCAUUGAUAGGGUUGUCAGCUGUCCUCAAAAAAAUUCUGGAUAAUCUGUAGACAAUUGGUCACAAUGGUAGGUGGAGUCACAAAAUGUCCCCAAAAGCCCACAGUCUUGAGCUCACCAUAUAUAUUUUUCACAACUGAGCAGUUAUUUUACCCCAUUGGCUGCCAGUAACAUACACAAUAAUUUGACCUCUUUUGUUGCCAGUCAUAUAUAGUAGUAAUUUGACCCCCCCCCCCCCCUUGACUGCUACGCACUUCUUUUUGCCUUUAAUGAUACUGGACAUUUAAAGGGAUAUGAAACCCAAAAUUUGUUUUCCAUUCAGAUAGAUCAUGCAAUUUUAAGCAACUUUCUAUGUUAUUCCUAUUAUCAAUUUUUCUUUGUUCUCUUGGUAUCUUUAUUUGAAAAAGCAAGAAUGUAAGCUUAGGAGCUUACCCAUUUUUGUUUCAACAACUGCGUAGCACCUGCUAAUUGGUGGCUAAAUGUAGAAAAAAAAUGGGUUUCAUUUUCCUUUAAGUACGUUUGAGAAUAUUGAACUAGAUAACCUGCUAAAAUACUGGACUGUACGAUUAAAUACUGAAAACCUGUCAGCCCUAGCAUUUGCCUAGCCAAUGGUGAAUAAGUGUAUAAGCUGUGUUAUAUAUAUUACUGCAGCACUGGAAGUAAACCACUGUAGAUAAGUAUAGGUUGUUUUGACAAAAAUAUUUAAUAUAUUAAAUUAGAAUGAUUUAUUGAAAGGUGUUAUAUUUUUUGUAUUUUUAUAUGAAUGUAUAUUGAUUGACCUGUAGUCUUGUAAAGAUUUGGUUUCAUUGUUCCAGUGGCAGUAACAUGUUCAGCAAUUUUCUGAUGGUAUAUUUGUUUUGUUUUUUGAUUUUCUCAUCCUUAGUCAUUGUUGUGACAAAAAGUGACUGGCUUAAAAUGUGUACAAUCUUACACAGAAAGCACUGUGAUCCCUUCAUAAACCACUGUAAGAUCCAGGCAUAGGAAUAUCUGAGUGUAACAUAGCACUUUUACAAGCAAGUGUAAUUAUAUAUUUAUGUAUCAAUAAUAAAAUAAGAUUUUUGGAGCUUUAUUUAUAAAA